CCAAGAAAGUCAUCGUGUGACGGUGCCUGGCGUGCGGCGACGAGCUAGCGCAGCGCAGGGGGCUGCUGCGGCGCUGAAGGCGGGUGCGGCGGCCGGUGGGUGGUGCUGGUCGGCGGAAGAGGACACUCGUGACCUUCCAGGACACCAGGUCGGCGAAGAAGGACCGGACAGGCUCUCCGGUCACGCCCUGCGCCAAGGGUGACCAUGUCGCGCCAACACCGCCACGAGGGGCGCCACCAUCGGGACGACGUGGAGAACCGGUACCAGGAGGACGAGGAGGACGACCGGCGCUACCGACAUCGAGAUGACGAUCACCGGCAGCGGGCUAUGCACCGCGACUAUGACGAGCAGCGCAGCGAGACAGAGCGCGCGCCGUCGGACCGGGCCGUGAGCGAGUUCAUCCUGGACACGCCGCGCUACGACAUGCACGAGCAGGAGCGCUACGACACGGGCCGCGGCCACCACGGCCGGUCACGGGAGCGCAGCCACGACCGCCGCUACGACGACGACCGCGGCCACGACCGCCGCUACGACCCGGAGGAGCGCGAGGCCAGCGAGAUAUACGCCGAGGCGCAUCAGCCGCCCCCGGUCAGCGAGAUGAGCCACUACGCCCCAAGCCAGCGCACUUACCGCAGCGGGGUCUCAGACGGCACGAUGAAGACGAAGACGUCCCGCCACGGCAACCUGAUGAUGGAGACCAUGGCAGCUCCUCACCCGUGCUGCCCCAACACGAAAGGCACGCGGGCGGACUACUACCUUCUCACUGCCGUCUUGCAGUUCAUCGGCCUGGCGCUGCUGAUUGGCGGCUUCUGCGCGCUCAUCUUCUGCCUGGUGUACUGCGUCUGGGUGUGCAAGGACGCGCAACGCGCCAACGAUCAGGGCGAGCUGUACUGGACCCACCACUGGCAGAAGCAGUGGGGCUACCAGCCUUCCGAGAGCCAUCCGAGCCGUACCGGGAAGCCCGCGAGCGGUACUGAGGCGGCGCACAGCGACACCAGCGGUACCGAGACGUCACCGGCCGCUAGCUGCUACUGGUGA